GUUUGUUUUGUCGGCCGGAAUCGUGCAAGUUGUUGCUGUGUUGCGAAAUUGAGUAAAAAAGCCAAUGGAAGGCGAUUACAAGAAUUGCAUUGUUCUCACGGCAGAAGACACUAAGGCAACGAUAAGAGGCAAAGUUUGGGAUUACCUAAGUGAUAAUGAGUUGGCUGAAAAUCCUCUGCCACCACACAAAAGAAUCCCCAACUACAAGAGUACCAAAGAAACUUCUUCAAAGUUAUUGGAAUUGGAGGAGUUCAAGGAAGCUAAACUAAUAAAAAUUGAUCCUGACAAGCCUCUGCAGUAUGUUAGGUUCAAUGCCCUGGAGAAAGGCAAAACGAUCUUUGUGCCUACACCUAGGCUGUUGUCGAACUUUCUCAACAAACUUACCCCAACAGACGACUCAAAGAAGAACUGGACGUAUUCAACUAAACUGGGGAUGAUAAACCACAGCACGCCCAUUAACUUGGAUAGUGCCGACAAGGACAAGAUUGAUCUGGUAAUUGUUGGAGCUGUAGCCGUUUCCAUGAAAGGUUUGCGAAUUGGGAAAGGUGAAGGUUAUGGUGACCUGGAGCAUGGUGUCAUGUCAGUCAUGGGUAUGAUCGACUCAACGACGAAGAUUGUAGCUUGCGUUCAUGACUGCCAGGUCUUUGAAGACUUGCCUGAUGCGCUAUUUGAACAGCAUGACGUCUCUGUGGACAUUAUUGUCACCCCAUCUAGAAUCAUCUACUGUGAAGGCACUGGUAAAACUAGGCCGGGUGAAAUUUUUUGGGAGACCUUGCCAUUAGAGAAGUACAAUGCGAUACCGGUGUUGAAGAAAUUAAGGUACAAGACCUGGAAGGAAGGAGCGUCGGAGUUGAAACUUCUGAAAGAUGAAACCGAGGCACCUAAGGAAUUAACUGAUGAAAAGAUUGAGCCAAUUUUGAAAAAAGGUCAAAGACGGGCUAACGUCAGUCAAGGAAGAGAAUUUUAUGGAGGUUUCCGGGGUAGAAGGCUUGCAAACAAUUUCAACAACUGGAGGAGCAACUACAGAAAUCCUAACCAGGGCAGAAACAGCAGAAGAUUGAGAAGGAAGACUGAUGAAAAUGAGCAAGAUGAGAAGAGGAACAAUAGUGUCAACCAUGAUGGCAGUGGGGAUACCAGCAAAGAGGAUAACCAAGAUAAUCAGAGAAAGAGGAUUAGUUCUGGAAGUCGUGGAGGACUCUACAGGAAUUUCCAGAACAAUCGGAGAAGAAUUUACAGUGAUGGUGGCAGACCGCAGGGGGGCUAUAGGAGGCAGGGAGAUGGUUGGAUCUACGUCGGCAACAUUCCCAGAAAUGUCCGAGUGUCAGACUUCAAAUCGGUGAUUCGAGGCUUCGAGAAAGUGAACCCACUGCAGUUUGUGUGGAAGGGUGCAGCGGGGUUUGCCUUCAUCAACUUCAAGACGAUGGAUGACGCGAAGGAAGCAGCAGGCAGUCUGGCAGGGCUGAAAAUGUCGGACACCGUUUUGAAGGUGGAGAUGGCGCGCGAGAGGGAAAACAAGAGAAGGAGAAGGAAUGCCUCCGAUGUCGAGGGCAGCCAGCAACCGAAAUCUGAUAAUGAUGAUGAGGUCAAGGAGGUCAGCAAAGCUUUGGAUAAAGAUCUUAAGAUCUCUGACAAGGCCGAAGAAUGAUUGUCAUCUGAUACAAUCUUUAAUCGUUUAGCAAGUUGAUUUGAUUAAUUAAGUGGUUCAUUUGAUAAUUGAUCAAUUCAUCUCCUCAAUUAAUUUUAUGAAUAGAGUUCUACUAAUUAUCGUUUGGCUCACUAACUAUUUUUUUCAUUAAAUUUGGUAUUUUUGACUGUUAUGAACUAUUACAUGCUGUUUAUGCAUUACAAGUUUGGUGAGUGAAUAAAUCCACCAUCUUUAUUUGAUAAAUGUUAUCAGUAUCCCUAUGUGUGUACGCGUGCGUGUGUGUGAGUGUGUAUCUAUGUAUCUAUCUAUGUAUCCACAUGUGAUUCGUUGAAUUUCAAUGAAACAGCAAAUAUGUGUGAACUGUCAAAUCUGUAAUUAACGUUUUAUUCAUGCAAGUGUAUCUCUAUUAAUAUUUUAUUUCAUAGCAAAUGUAUCUUCACGGUGCACGUGUAUUUUAUAUACGUACACGCGUGUGUUUUAUGUAUGUGCACUUGUACGUAUGCGCGUGUGUACGUGUGUGUACGUACAUUAACAAGUGCCUAGACUAAUAUAGCUGUUUUUUUUUGUUUUCUAAUACUAAUAUUUUUUUUAUUUGUUUUAACAUUUUUUUUUGUUUUCGUUUUAUGUUUUCGUAAUUUUUGUGGUUAAAUAAUUUUAUGUUUUAAUGAUAAAAUGCAAAAUAUAUAUGUAUGUAUGUGCGUUAUCAAUAUUUCUCUUAUCUACUGUGUCAUUAUGAUUGUUGCUGAUUAGUUCUUAGAAGAGGUUGUCAUUGGUUUUAGAAAAUAAUUAGUUAAUAUUGCUUGAUUAAUUAAUUAUUUAAUUUGUAGUCGAUUGGUUGGUUAAUUAAUUAAAUAAUUAAUUAACUUUUUUAAUUUAAUACUUUUGUAUUUAAUGUAAUUUACAGAAUUUACACAAAAUUCCACAUAUACGAAAGAUGUGUGUGCGUGUGUGUGUGUGGUGUGUGCGUACUACUCUAUUACUCUUAUCUCAAUGAUUCAAUCGCAAUUCAUGCGUGUUAAGUUACUCUAUCCAAAUACUUUAAUGGUUUAUUUUAUUGUGACUUUGUUGUUUCUUUAAUAAUAAUAAUUUAAUAAUAAUUAUUUUCAAAAUUUCAUAAUAUUUAAAUUUUUCGCUGAAUUAUUAAUUUUAAUUUUGUAUAGCACGAAAGGAAUUAAAUGUUGUGCGAUCAUCUAAAUACGAAAACCGCUCAAGCUUUUUCGCCAUUUUUUCUCUAGUCUUCAUCCCUUCCUCUUCCUAAUUAUUAAUUUUUAUUUAAUGAGUUUUUUUGUGUGUGAGAGAGAGAAAGCCAUUCAUAAUUGCAAAUCAAUAUUUUGGUAUCUUCGUUGUUGUAAUUAAAAAAGUUUAUACACACGUACAUGCGUGCUUAUGUAUACUUACAUAAGUAUGUCUAGCAUACCGAAUAAAAUCUAUGGAGAAUGAUUGGUGUAAUGGAACUGAAGAAUUUAUAUAAGCUGAAAUUGUAAGAAAAAAUAUGUAAUCUCUCUUUUCUGUCUGUAUGUUAUGCAAUUUCGUUAUGCUACCGACAAAUGAUAAAACUGGAAGUUUAUAAUAUGCUUUUAAAUGUGUUUUUGUACUUACAUUUAGAUUUCUUAAUAGUUCUGUUAUACGAAAAAAAAGUAUUUUUGUUUCGUC